AUGUAUUUUGAAAUCAACAAGAUCAUAAAAAAUGACUUUAUUAACUCUACAAAUACCAUUUCUGUUAGAAAAGAUAUUAUAAAUAGGAUUAUAAAUUAAUUCGACUCGCUUGGAGUUUUACCACUAGAUACUGCUAAAAUGACAUAGUAAUAAACUAAGCUUAUUACUAUUUACAAAACUAGAGAUACGGUUUUACCUAUUUUACCCUUUUUGAAUGUAUGUAUAAUCCCAAAAAAAGCAAUCUUCAUUAAUGAGCUGUUUAUUAUAGCUAUUAUUACCUGCUAAAUGAGCAUAUUAUAACCUUAGAACAAUAUUGAAAUAACUAACGUGUGUAUUGUUUUUAAGUAAAGCAGAGUGAAUCUUAAUGGUCGUGAAAGGAUAUCAUCAAAAAUAUAAAAAAUACUAAAAAAUUAAUGA